UGACUAUUUGUUAUGAAAUUCGCUCCUGAAUCGAUCUUACGAAUCAUUUCUGUUCACAGUGAUCGGUGACUGAUCACGUGAAUCAUUAAAGUUCAUAUCCUCCCUGUCUCCACUAAAUCAUUCCUGACGUCACAGAGGUUUUAGGAAGGUUUGGGUCAGCGCUGAAGAUGAUGAUGAUGCUGAUGAAGAGUCGCUCGCUGCUCGCGGUGUGUGUCGCGCUCGUCGCCGCUGUCGGUGGCUCUCUGUCGGUUCCGCCGCACGAGGAGGUGGCCCGGAUGGCCCGGUUCGUGGUCAAUAAGUGCGACUGGGCUUCGAUGGCCACGAUCUCCACUCACGACCCGGUCCUAGGACAGCCCUUCUCCAACGCCUUCUCCAUCAGCGACGGGCCCGCCGGCAACGGAACCGGAACCCCGUACCUGUAUCUGACUCACCUGGAGAUCUCGGUGCAGGACCUGCAGGUGAAUCCCCAGGCGUCUCUCUCUGUGUCUUUGGCUCAGACCAGCUACUGUAAGAAUCAUGGGUUCGAUCCUCAGAGUCCGCUGUGUGCCCACAUCAUCCUGUCAGGCUCCGUGGUGGAGGUGAACGGCAGCGAGGCCUCGGUGGCUAAAGCCGCUCUGUUCAGUAGACACCCAGAGAUGAUCGACUGGCCCACAGACCACAGCUGGUUCUUCGCUAAGAUGAACAUCACACAGGUCUGGGUCCUCGAUUACUUCGGUGGAGUGAAAACCGUCACGCCGGAGGAGUAUUACCAAGCGACUCCUUACCGGAAACACCGCGGAAGUGACACGCUGUAAUCCUGGUGAACCGGAUCAGAAUCACUGAUGAAGAGUUUCAGAAGAGACCAGAGUGAUGAAUGUUUCUCAGGGUGUUACUGUGUGUGUGUGUGUGUGUGUGUGUGUGUGUGAGAUGCAUUAAGCCCAUGUUGUUAAUUUCUCCAGAACAUUAAUGCAGCAUGAUGUUAAUCUAGUUGCCACAUUUUUUGUAAGCAUUUUUUGUAAAAUGCUUCCGAAUGAUUUUUUGCAGUUUGCACAAGCGCUUUCCUUCGACUGAUUCACAGCAAACACACACAGACUGAAAUCUGAAGUGAGAUUCUGGGUCAGUCUUAGACGUCACCCCUAAACGUUGACCUCUGACCCCGUAGCAGGAAGUGUGAGUCUCACCAGAAGUGUUUUGUAGUCGUAGUCGUGUGUUUUUACGCACCGCUCCAGACGAAUCAUUUAUUCAGAGUGAUUAUUUUUCUAAAGCUGAUGUGUAUUUUUAAUCAUUUUUGACGUGAUGCAGUGAAAUAAAGAGCAGAUUUUUGAUUGAA